AUUGGAUAGGUACUUUUGCUAUAGGUUAGGUAUUGGGUUGGUACUAUCCAAUAGCAAAUAGCACUUACCCAAUAGCAAAUAGGACUAAGAGGACUAAGACAGGGCUGGGAUCCUGGUUAUUGCCUCCCCAUUAAUGCGCGGGUACCUCAGGUUCCUUUGUGUUGUACAGUUUGCUAGAUAGCGGUGUUGGGGCCGAAAUCUCCAGCUUAGCCGUAAAGCUUUAUGCUGCCAUACAUAAAUGUAUACAUAAAUGUGAACUGCUGACUGUUAGCACGAGGUGGAGAGUUGUGGAGCCUUCAAGCGUUGCAUCAUUGAAGUCACAUGAGUGUCACAAAUAUCACAGGCGAAGGGUCAUAAGGUAAUACAAGAGGGUUUUCUUUUGCCAUAAGGUUUCUCCUGUAGCCUUUCUUGACUAAACUGGUUGCACUUCGUGAGUCUUUCCCGCCAUUUCUAUAUUUUUACUGUUGUGACUCUGUCACACUGUUUUGUCCGCCGUUUUGUCCUACGACAAAAACUGACUUCCCACGUUGUCUCCUGUUUUUCCGGCUUAGUUUUCUUGUGUUUGAAACUGUACUUUGUGUUUUCACCAUAAGCUUAAGUGAUAUUUUGGAUAAUUCUUCACUUACAAACAAUAAUUUAUUCAGCUCCGAAAUCAGUCGCCUGUAAAUUCUGCGAAGGAUUUGCAUAUUUUUCUGAUUUUCAUUGUAGUCUUUUAACUAUUUUAUUCUACUUAAUUUUACCUUGAUUAUUGAUUAUUAAUAAUUAAUUGAUCUAGUUAAAUAAAAGAAAGGGAAACUAAUCAAAUAAUUAUAUACAAUCAAACAAUUAUUUAACCGGAAUAACCGGAAAAUAACCUACAAUACUAUUUCUGUAAUUCUUUUUCAAAAAAUAUAUAUAUAAUAAUUAUAUCUGGCAUAAUGGCAGGCCACCUCAUGGCCCCCUUGAUAGUACUCCUAUUUGCUCUACAUCUCCAGAAUUUCUUAUUACGGUGGCAGAGCCCACUAAUUGAGUCUAAGGCCAGACCCUUCAUUUCACCAGCACUUUUCGAAAUGAGCCUGGACAAAGUUAAAAUUUUCAUGAACAAUAUUCAUCCCAAUCGUAGAAAAUUGAUCGCUCCAAGGAGUAACCCAAGCUUACUCGCCUUUCGCCUACUCAUUCUUAGUGGGGACAUCCCUCUCAAUCCCGGUCCCACCUACCGGUAUCCCUGUGGAGCAUGCUCAAAACCAGUUAAAUGCAACCAGAAGGGUAUUCAGUGCGACUACUGCGAUGCAUGGUAUCACACAAAAUGCUGCUCAAUAAGCAAUGAAAGUUACAAUACACUUGCUAACAGUUCUUGUUCUUGGAUCUGCUGUGCCUGUGAUGUGGCCAAUUUCAAAAAGUCAUCAAGUGGUCCUGACAUAUUAUUUAUCUUUAUCAACAUCAGUACAAUCAUCCGGCUCAGAAUCGCCCCAGCCACUAACAUCCUCCCCCAGGCAAAGAUCUCCUGCAUCAAAUAAAAUGAAAGACCCCCACAAAUUGAGAGUGUUAACACUGAAUGCUUGUAGCUUAAAGGGUAAAGAUAAACGCCUUGAAUUUCAAAGCCUGAUUGACAACUACAAACCUGAUAUUGUUAAUGUAAAUGAGACCCACAUUAAUGACACUGUCUUUUCGGCUGAAAUUCUGGAGAAAGGUUACACCACUUUUUGUAAGGAUAGAAACGAAUUUGGUGGAGGGGUGUUGUCUGCUUUCUCCAACCAUCUUGUGGUGACUCACGAGGAGCAAAUGGAUGGUAAUUAUGAAGGCAUCUGGUCAAAGAUAAAUAUUGCAGGAAGCAAAUCACUUUUUGUUGGCUCAGUCUAUAGGACCCCAGACUCAAAUGUUGACCCCCUUGUAGCUCUCGAUGGUGCAUUAUGCAAGCUGGUUAAAAAUCCAAUUCCAAACAUCCUCAUUACCGGUGACCUGAACCUGCCUAGUAUAUCAUGGGAAGAUGAUAACUACGCUGUAAGACCUAAUCCUACUUAUGGGCUUGAAGUAAACCACAAGUUUUUGGACAUUGUGAACGACCACUCACUGACUCAACAUGUUAUGGAGCCAACUAGAGGGGAGAACACCCUCGAUCUUGUUCUCACCACUUGCCCAGAGAUGGUAUUAGACCUAGUGGUUGAGCCCGGCAUGAGUGAUCAUGAUCUGGUGUUAUUUGAUCUAAACUUGAAGCCCUCCUUCAACAAGAAAAAGCCUCGUAAAGUCUUUGUAUUUAGGAAAGGUAAUAUGGGUGCAGUGAAAACUGACCUUAAAAAACAUCUUGAUAAUUACUUCAACAAUGAGGCCUAUCAUAAAUUGAUCAAUUAAAACUAUGAUUUCUUUAAAACCACAAUCACUGAGAUCAUGAAAAAACAUAUCCCACAAAAAAACAUCAGUGGUAGAUGGAACUUGCCAUGGAUCACUAGUUCCAUUAAAAGGUUAAUCC